CAAAAGGCUACGGGGGCCUGGGAGUUGAGGGGCCGGGACGAAGGGGCAGGAGGGGCUGCUCGCCCACAGCUGUCGCCAGCAUUUCACAUGCCAUUGACCCGUCGAUGAGCGUGCAGCGCGUGCCGGGUGGAGCUGCAGAGCUGCAGAGCUGCAGAGCUGAGGUGCUUGGGUGCUAAGAACUGGCCGUUGCCCGUAGCGUCGGGACCCCCGUCCUGGGAACAGUCCUGUAACUUAGUGCCUUCCCCCAGAAGUCAAGAUCGGAGAGUUUUUGGAUCCCUGCGCGGGUGUUGGGCUCCCAGGUGCUGGCCAAGGGUCCUUCCAAGAUUGUUGCGGUGGUGCCAUCUAAUCUGGCCAUUUCCUGGGCUGCCACGGGGCUGCAGAUACCGAAUGUAGACAGGGCAGCCGGGUUGGGUGUCCAGUACACCCAUCCCGUUCAUUCCCUUGUGCUCCUGCGUCACAGCCCAGAGGCAGGCGGACGAUUCAUUAACUGCGGCCUCCCUCGCCGCUUCCGUUACGACCCUCCAGCUCCAGCUCCAGCUCCAGCUCCAGCAGCGAUACCCCUCCUCCAGCGGCCGAGAUCACCGACAACGCCAGAUCCAAAACCCAAUUGCCAUACGGGGUACAGCUGCAUCGCAACAGCAGCCCGUGCGACGUGCUACCACCCCCCUUGCCCCCGAAAGGAUAUUAGCACUGGCCAGACUGCCAGAGCGGCUGACACAGCGGCGCUGGGCGCAGCAGCGUACCAGAAACGGCCAGUCGCUGCCACGGCCAGCCGGCACGAGACAGACAGGACAGGCGGGCUACCAAGCUACCAAACCAAGCUACCAACCAGGCCACCAAGCUACGUCAACGAGCAUCAUUCUGUUUCGCGCUGGGGCAUCAGGGCCUCGGACACCUCACAAUGGCCGCCAUACCCCCGCAUGCCAGUGGCCCUAUCCCGUCCUCGGCCUCGGCCGCUGCUGUCAACGGCACGAAGCUGUCCUAUGACUACGCGAACCAUACAUAUUACCACGAGCCCGCACCCUCGUCAUCGACCCAGGACCACUUCGACCCCUAUUCCUCGUCGCACAACCGCCAUCCCCAGCUGCCCGACCACCACGACAACGGCCAGACCCUCGCCAACACCCUCGCCAACUCGCACCACCACGCAAACAUCGACCACCUCAUCGCGCCCGCCCCUGCGAGACUCGGCGGCGCCGCCAAGUUCACCGAGGAAUGGGAUGCUAGCCAGCGCGGGAGCUCCAUCAUCAACGGACCCAUCCCCCGCCGCAACAACACCAUGGCGAGCAGCAUCCAGCGCUCCAACUCCUUCUCCGGCUCCACCUCCGGCAGCCUCGGCGGCGGCCUGGACGGCCACAGCAGCGUCCAGGUCUCGCGGAACAACACCCUCAAGAAGAGGUCCUCGCUGCGCCGGGCCAGCAGCAUGCGGAGGUCCGGCAGCCGCAGGAGCAUGAAGGCCGGCAGCGUGAGGAGCCUGGCGCUGCAGAGCAACCCCGACGACGACGGGCUGCACAGCGCCUUCCACUGUCCCGUGCCCACCACCGGGAAUCCCACCGAAGCUCUUGCCAACCGCUUCCAAGAAUGGCGCAAGGUCUUGAAGGAUCUGAUCACCUACUUCAAGGAGAUCCAGACCCACUACGAGGCAAAGUCCAAAUCGCUGGUCAAGCUUGCGAAUGUCUUGAACAACGUGCAUAUGCCGCCGGGCUUUUUGGCUUCUGGCGGGCUCGAUGACGCAGUGCAGGUCCUACGAAACUACAACUCGCAGGCCAUCAUCGAGGCGAACAAGGCCCGCGAGAUUGAGGAGGAUGUCAUUCUGGCGCUGACGGGGCUGAGGAGCGACCUGCAACUCAAGAUAAAGGAGAUCAAAGGCCUCUCGGGCGACUUCAAGAACUCGGUGGAGAAGGAGAUGGACGCGACAGCCCGCGUCGUCAGCAACCUCCAGGAAGUCCUCGGCAAGACCGAUCUCGACUCUGCCUUGACCACCGGCAAGGAGGACCCAUACCUCCUGCGCCUGGCCGUCGACAGGCAGCUUGAGAGGCAGCUCGACGAGGAGAACUACUUGCACCAGGCAUAUCUGAACCUGGAGAACUCUGGCCGCGAGCUCGAGUCCAUCGUCGUCGGGGAGAUUCAAAAGUCUUACAAUGCUUACGCAGGCAUCAUGAAGCGAGAAGCCGAGGCUGCAUGGACUGCCAUCGACGAGCUCCGUGUGGGACCCAUCGCCAUGCCCAAGGACCACGAAUGGGUUAGCUUCGUGAGGAAGGACGACCAGUUCGUGGAUCCAAACAUACCAAUUCGAUCCUCGCAGAUGAUACACUAUCCUGGGAAGGACCAUUAUGCCUGCCAGGAGAUCAGAGCCGGUCUGCUCGAACGGAAGACCAAAUACCUCAAGAGCUACAGCGCCGGCUGGUAUGUUCUCUCUCCGACUCACCUGCACGAGUUCAAGUCUGCGGACAAGGGACAGUCUCCCGUCAUGUCCCUGUACCUUCCGGAACAGAAACUGGGGUCCCGCUCGCAGGUCGGUGGGAGCUCGCCCAAGUUCAUCCUCAAGGGCCGGCAGACCGGCGGCGUUCAUAGGGGUCACUCGUGGGUCUUCCGUGCCGAAAGCUUCGACACCAUGCUGGCUUGGUACGAGGAUAUCAAGGCCCUCACCGAGAAGAGCCCCCAGGAACGGUCCGAGUUCGUCCGCGGCCACUCGAGAAGCUUCAGCCGGUCCUCGUCGCGACGGUCGGUCUCCAGCGACGGCGUCGUUGACGAGGACGACGAGGAGCCGUACUCGGCACACAACUCCGCAGCGGCCCUCGGCCAGCCAGGCUCAGGGCACCAGCAAGACGUGCCGAGACGUCCGUCUCCAGGUGGGCGAUUUCCGUCAGAUCUCCAGGUCAACGCACAACGAGGCUUACAGGCUCCCCUCUCGCCCUCUAGCUCAAGCUCGCAGGGCUUCCACGAUAGGCAGCAACAACCUAGGGACCACGACCGGGAUAUCGUAGCUGCGGCGGGGGCCCUUCCCGGGAGCAGCUUUGGACAGCAUUACCCCUCCUCGACGGGGCCACCCGCAGAGCCAGGAUAUGGGUAUGGCAGUACCGCCCACGCCCCGAUCGAACAAACCCACGCUCGUGCUGCCGAGGCAAGCCAAGAGGCUCGAGAGGACGGCGUCAACCCGUACACAAACGAGUCGCUACACCACCAGGACGGCCAUGUGCUCUACGGCCAUCAGCCAGGCACCCACGCCGCCCGACACGCGCAGGACAGCGACACUCAGGCUGAAGCCCUGAGGAUGCGGAGGAAGAGCAGCCACGAGGCCAACUGGCUGGGGGGAGGGCCCGUGGAGGCUGCUGCUAUCCCAGUUGUUGCCGACAGGACGACUCAUCAGGCCCAUGAUCAGAGCGGCGGAAUCAAUAACUCGGGUGUCUAUAUGGAUGGCACCCUGAACAGUGACCAGGCCAUCUCAGCGCAUGAGCCUCAGUACUUCAACUUGAAGGAGCUCCCGCACACGUCAGUCGCACCCGUGCCGGCGGAACCGGCGAGCAACACGAUGGAUUACCUCAACCGACCGGCCCUGAGCGAGAGAACCGAGAGCGAUGCCACUCUCAGCAGCGAGGUCACCGUGCCGACCAUCUCGAACCUCCACAUCCCGGGCGAAUACCCAAGGGCAUAUGCGAACUAGACUACAAAAUAUGGAUCGGUGGAGUUUGGAACACUGUUGGAUGGUCAUGGGCGGAAUUGUGCCCAAGGAUCGAUGGGAUCGAGCGUUUUUAUAUUCUGGAGUUGUCUAAAUACCCGUGCUUGUUCUUGCUCUUUUCCUCCUCUGCGCUUCUCUUCCUCUCCCUCGCUUCCCUCGCCCCAUCUGCAACUACGUGCGCAUAGCUUGCUCAACUUUGGGUUACUGUCGAAAGUUUUAUAUGAAUAUAAAAGAAUGUCUAUCGUUAACCGUUCGCGGAUUGCCGGGCUGAUGGUCUUGUUUCAGGUGUGCACGCAUCAGCGACCGAGCAUGCUUCAUGGCCCGUCGUAAGAUGCGGAUCUGGCAUCACGGAACGAUCACCAGUGAAUGCUAGAACAGCAUCACUUUGACGGGGCUUCUUGGCUCACUGCUCGCCGCAUAUAUUGACCCUAUGUCCUAUUCCUCAUUAAACCUAGAAGUUAUCGCGUGUCCUCCCACGCACUAGCCCGUGUCCUGAC